GCGCGGCGGAGCGGCGGCUCUGCGCGGGGACCCCGUCGGCGGUGGCCUCGCCGCGCGGGGAGCCGCGGGGGCGUCCCUGGCACCUCCGCUCGCUGUCCCCUACAGCCGUCGCCGGGCGAGCCCUUGCGGCUCCGAGCAGCCCCACCGCUGGAAGGGGUUUCUUCGCUCUUUAUUCCCCCAGCAGCUCGCUAAAUAUCGCGACUGCAGUUUGUGCCUGUUGCUCUUUUUUCGGGGCUUUCCGCCGCGGACGUGGGGAGCAGCUUUCCCCUUUGCAACAGGCGCUGAGGGUGGUGCAGUUUCCCUUCUGCCUUCCCUCCCCUGGGAUAAACCUCAGGCGCUUUCCUGCCCGUCCCUGGAUUCCUCCCUUCGUGCGCGUUGCUGCUCUGCUGUGAAAGUUCCCUUCCGUAUCCCCGCUGGACGUGCAGGGCUGCAGAGGGACCAAGCAGACCUGUUGCCUGCCUCUGCAGGAGCUUCUGCUCUUAAGAAAGUACUCGCCCUGGAAGAGCGAUCCCCGAGAUUGGCGCCGGUGUCCGAUGGCCACGCUCUGGUAGCUCUUUUCUCCCGGUAGCGCCGCGCUGUUGCAAGCGCCCCUUGCUCCCCUCCAGCUCGGGUGCGAGUCGCAGGGGGGGGACUGCUGAGCUGAAGGCUGGGGAGCGCCAAGGCUCUUCUCCGGGAGCUGUUUGCAGCGUGCUGGCGCUCUGCGUUUCGCUGCUGUAGCAGCUCGCGGUAGCCUUUGUGCAACGCUGCGCUCACGUAAAGCUUGAGGAGGGGGCGUAGAGGGUCUUGCGGGGGGGGGGGGAUGGCCUGCCCCUCUCCCUGAAGAAGGCUGUUGGGGAGCUAGUAAGAGCUCCGUUCCCAGCAAGACUCUUCGUUCUCUGAGAUGCCGACAAGCGGAGCAGCCUGAAGUGUUUGGAGGAUGACAGGCAGGGAAGUGUUUCCUCAUCAGCUCCGCCGGACUGAGCACCUGAUGCGAUAAAUCUUCAUACUGCCUGGAGUUGCUACUGCUGGAGUCCAUGGCGUAUACAGCGAGCCCUACCCCAGCGGGGCCGAUUGGCACCCAGUACUGCGUUUGUAAAGUUGAGUUGUCUGUAUGUGGCCAAAACCUUCUGGAUAGGGAUGUCACUUCCAAAUCUGACCCCUUUUGUGUCCUGUUCAUGGAAGUCAAUGGAAAAUGGGUAGAGCUCGACAGGACGGAGACAGCCGUGAACAACCUCAACCCAGCUUUCUCAAAAAAGUUUGUCGUCGACUAUCACUUUGAAGAAGUGCAGAAGCUCAAGUUUGCCCUAUUUGACCAGGACAAGUCGAGCAUGCAGUUGUAUGAGCAUGACUUUCUGGGCGAGUUCUCCUGCACUCUGGGCAUGAUCGUCUCCAGCAAGAAAAUAACGCGAAGUCUCCUUCUGGGAAACGGCAAACCAGCUGGGAAAGGGAUGAUAACGAUAGCUGCCCAAGAGCUCUCGGAUAACAGAGUGAUUACUCUGAGCAUGGCUGGCAGAAAACUGGAUAAAAAGGACCUGUUUGGAAAGUCAGAUCCGUUCUUAGAGUUCUAUAAGCCAGGUGAUGAUGGGAAAUGGAUGCUGGUCCACAGAACAGAGGUGAUCAAGUACACGUUGGACCCUGUCUGGAAGCCGUUCACUGUGCCUUUAGUGUCACUGUGCGAUGGAGACAUAGAGAAGCUGAUAAAGGUCAUGUGUUACGACUAUGACAGUGAUGGAGGACACGACUUCAUCGGGGAGUUUCAGAUCUCAGUGGCCAGGAUGUGUGAAGCCCAAGAUGCCUUUCCACUAGAGCUAGAGUGCAUUAAUCCCAAAAAGCAAAAGAAGAAAAAGAAUUACAAGAACUCUGGGAUCAUCAUCGUCAAGUCCUGCAAAAUAACCAGAGAUUUCUCCUUCCUGGACUACAUCCUGGGAGGCUGCCAACUGAUGUUUACUGUCGGAAUUGACUUCACAGCCUCCAACGGGAACCCGCGAGACCCCUCCUCUUUGCACUAUAUCAACCCCAUGGGAACAAAUGAAUAUCUGUCGGCUAUCUGGGCUGUUGGUCAGAUCAUUCAGGACUAUGACUCUGACAAAAUGUUUCCUGCUCUGGGAUUCGGUGCCCAGCUCCCACCGGACUGGAAGGUGUCCCAUGAGUUUGCCAUUAACUUCAAUCCAACCAACCCAUUCUGUUCAGGUGUUGAAGGCAUCGUCCAAGCAUACUCAGCCUGCCUGCCUCACAUCCGCUUCUAUGGACCAACCAACUUCUCUCCUAUCAUCAAUCAUGUGGCCCGAUUUGCAGCUCAGGCAACCCAGCAGGAGUUUGCGACUCAAUACUUCAUCCUCCUCAUCAUCACAGACGGGGUCAUCAGCGACAUGGACGAGACGAGACACGCCGUGGUGCAGGCAUCCAAGCUGCCCAUGUCCAUCAUCAUCGUAGGGGUGGGCAACGCGGACUUUGCUGCCAUGGAGUUCCUGGACGGGGACAACCGCGUGCUGCGCUCGUACACCGGCGAGGAAGCUGCCCGCGACAUCGUACAGUUCGUGCCCUUCCGAGAUUUCCGUAACGCCCCCAAGGAAACGCUGGCCAAAGCUGUGCUGGCAGAGCUGCCCCAGCAAGUUGUGCAGUACUUUAAGCACCAAAACCUGCCGCCCAUCAACUCGGAGCCUGCGUAGAGCCGUGCCAAGCAGUGCCAUCUGCAUGUUGCUGAAGUCUGUUGGUUUUACUGAAAGCGCAUGUUUCACAUGCUUUUGAAACCGAUGGGUACCCUCCCCAACUCACACAAAUUUGUACUUCUGAAUUUAAUUGUUAAGGUAUUACAAUGCAUCCCAGAGAAGCUUCUGGAUUCAUUUUGUACAGUCCUGGGCUGAGGUAACACUAAGAGGCCAGACCAUGCCCUGGUCCUGCUCUGUCAAGUCACUUUUCAGUAUUGAAUGUAAUUUGUAUAAUUUUAGUGGAACAGGACACAAUUUUUACAAUCAAAACUUGUUUUUUCCAAGCAAUGAAACAAUAUAUUAUUAUUAUUAUUCAAUGAACUGGUCCUUGUAUAGGUCAUGUAUCUGUGUUGUACCUCUGUCAUGCUCUACGUUCAUUUUUAUACUGUGUACAUGUUACAUUUGUUAUACUCAGGUUAAUAAAGAAACUGGGACAUUUAAAACAA